GUGUCACGUCCACCAUUGUGGAAGCUGAUGGUUAGCAGCAAACUGCACCCACAUCGCGGAAUAGUAGGCUGCAGAAGCAGUCCAACGACUACUUUUUCAUUAAAGCCCCAGGCAGAUUUUAACCUGGGACUGUUGAGAAUCCAUCUAGACAAUCGUUAGAUAAUUUGGACCCUGUCGAGCACGAGGCGACCGGCAGUUGAGCGGCGUUUCGUGAGAGUGGACUCCUCAUCAAAUCUAUAGCUGCGCGCACCGACUUCCGCUGAAGCUUAUCACAGAAGUGGAAGUUCAUCUCGCAAGAAGAGCGGCGAUUGGGGCCCUGUGGCGUGUCUGGUGCAACUUAGCACGCCGGUAACCUUUGUACCUUGGCUGGAGCAUCCGGCUGAGUGUCCACGUAGACAGAAUCCAGAAGUUGGAGAGGCCCAGCGCUAGCCUGAGGUGGACGUGACGCGGAUAUGGAUGUGUCUGACCCACAAACUCUGGCCAUUGCCGUCUUUGGCGGCUUUGUGCUAGUGUCUGCCAUCUGUAUUUUCCUGGUCUCAACCUUCGGCAUGAAGGAGACGACCUACGAGGAGGCGAUGGAGCGGCAACGCCGGGCUAUCGAGCGGGAGAUGCAGCAGUCUCGUGCCGAGAAGCAAAAGGCCCGGGAGAAGAAGCCGGCCCGGUUCAACAAGAAGGAGAAACCCAAGAAAGAGCCGUCUGGCUUGCCUGAGCCUCAGCGCGAGACGUCUUCAUCCCCACGGGUCCAAGAAGUCAAGCCAUUCGCCGAGCAGAAGGCACAGCCCGAGACGCCGCCGCCCCAGCCGCAGCCCAAAGCCAAGGGCAAGUCCAAGGAUAAGAAUAAGGAGAAUCAGGCUCCCAAUAAGGAGCAGACAGCCCCCGCGGCCCCCAAGGCGGCGGUGAAGACGGUGGAGCCACGUGUGGCCAAGGCCCAGCCACAGCCAGUGCCGGUGCAGGCCGCGGUACGUGUGGCCCCUGCGCCCAAAUCAGCCCCCGAGCCCGCCCGCCAGACCCUGGCCAAGGAGACCAUCAAGGCGGAAGCUGAGCCCGUGGCCCAGCAGGUGGUGGCCCCUGCCCCCAGCAAGAAGAAGAAGACCAAGAUCGAAGCCGCUGUCACCGUGGCAGAUGCCCCAGCUAUGACAGCUGUGAUGGACAGUCUGGUGACCAGCGUACAGACUGCCAAGCUGUCGGACGCAGAGAUGCAGCAGCUGAUCGAGAUCAUGCUCUCCAAGCAGGGACGGAAGUCCACAGAGUGGGCCAAGGCUGGACAGAAAGCAGACUCCAUGAAGAAGCAGGCAGAGGAUUUCGAGAAGAAGUUCCAGGAUGGGCAGCAGCAAGUUCUGGCAUCCCACCAGAAAAUGAAGGAACUGAGGCAGGAGCUGCAGCAGGAGCGUCUGCGCUUCUCUGCCCAGGAGACGUCGCUGCAGCAGAAGGUGAGCCAGCAGCAGCAGGAGAUCCAGGCGCUCUACACCCGCAUGAAGACCACCCACGAGCAGCACCUGGCAGAGAACCAGAAGCUGCACAACCAGCUGGCCGAGAUGCAGACCAACAGCAGCCAGGAGGCACACAUCGUGCAGCUGCAGGAGGAAAACAAGAUCCUGAAGUCUGCUGUGAAUGAGGCCACCAAGGGGACAGAGAUGCGCAUCCAGAACGACCUGGCCAACCUGCGUACUGAGCACGCCCGGCUGAAGAACGAGUACAACUCGGUCCAGGCGCGGCUGCAGGGUGAGGAGGACGGGCGCAGGAAGGCGGAGACCGCGCUGACGGAGGCACAGCAGCAGGUCCGACAGGUCCACGCCAGCCAGCGUGAUGCCGAAUCUUCGCUCACCAAGCGACUGAACGAAGUCACCGAGCAGCUGAGAAAGUCAGAAGCCAAGAAUAACGCCAUGGGUACCGACAUCAAGAAGGCCAAGGACGCAGCUGACCAAGCAGAGGCAGAAAGCAAGUCACUGAAAGACAAACUUUCCUCCUUGGAAAGUCAGCUCUCCUCUCUCCAGGCUAGCCAGGUUGCACCUGAAGCACCUGCUGCCGUGGAGGAUGCUUCAGGUGCCCUACAGGUGCAGCUGGGAGAGAUUCAAGCUGAGCUGAGUGAGGUGAAAUCGCAGCUGGACCAGGCGAAUCAGCAGCUGUCCCAGACGCAGUCGGAAUCAGAUGACACCAAGUCGCAGCUGAAAAGCUCCCAGACACAGCUGGCCGACACCAGCACACAGCUGGAGGAGUCACGUGCUCAGCUGGAGCAGGCUAAGGCCCAGCUGCAGGAGGCUGCGACUCUGAGAGAACAGCUGGAACAGAGAGUCGAGGCUGCUGACUCACAAGUGGCUCAGAGCAGGCUGGCUCAGGAGACCAAGGACAAAGAAGUCCAGGACCUCAAUGAGAAGAACAAGGCGUUGUCUGAUGAGUUGGAGACUGCAAAGUCUGCGGCUGGAGGGGAUGCAGGUGCUCAGGACUCCGGUCUGCAGCAGCAGCUGAAGGACCUGCAGGCGCAGCUGGCUGAGAGUAGGAAGACGGUAGAGGACAAGGAGAAACUCAUCAAGGAGCUUGAGAAGAAGUCUAAAGCUGCAGAAGUGCCAAGUGCCAAUGGAGACAUAGAACACAAGGCGGAGGGGUCUAGUAUGCAGACCAUCAGUGUUGUUGAGCAUGAACUUCUCAUCAGUGAAAAGGAGAAGACAGUGACCCAGCUGCAGGAGGAGGUCACUGAGACGAAGGCGGAGAUCGCAAAGCUGCAGACAACGGUCGAGCAGCAGAAGAAGAAAAACAACGACCUUCGUGAGAAAAACUGGAAAGCAAUGGAUGCUCUAAACGCUGCCGAAAAAUCUCUUGCUGAGAAAGAGAAAGUUACCAGUGCCAAGGAUGACACUGCCACGUCAGACAAGGACAGGAGUCAGGCCAGAGAAGCCCUGCAGAGAAUCUUCCCAGACAUCUCCAUGUCCAUGGACCCCUCCCUGGAGUACCAGGUCUGGCUCACCAGCUUCGAGAAGGCUGCGCUCGCCAGGCUAGAAGAGAUGAAGACAGCCUCUGUGCAGCCUGCUGAAGUGCCUUCACAAACACCCGAGGAUGAAGGUGUUGAGGCCAAACUUGCAGAGGCAGCAGAGAGGGAGAAGGAACUACAGGAGGAGUGUGAGAAGUACAAGACAGUUCUGGCAGACACAGAGUCUAUCCUGAACAGACUGCAGAGCAGUGUGGAGUCUGAGGAACAGAAGUGGCAGGAGAAGCUGAGGUUAGCAAACGAAGACCUCGAACAAGCCAGAGGAGAGGUCCGUGCAAUGCAGGAAGCCGUGCAGCAGGUGAAGUCGGAGAGCCAGCAGGGUUCUGAGGAGCUGCAGGCCCUGCAGGAGGAGAGGGACAAGCUGCGGCAGGACCUGCAGACGCUGCAGGCCGCGGGGAGCAGCCAGGCGGAGAACGGCCCUGCAGGCCCCACAGAGGAGGACCUCAACAAGAGGGAUGAGGAGAUAGCAGCACUCAAGGCACGUCUGGAGAAGGAGAAGAAGUUGUGUAAGGAGCUGGGGUCAGCUGCCACCAAACUCCAGUCCCUGCUCAAGACAGCAGAGGAUCAACUCAAAAAAGAAAGGGAAAAUGUCAAAAAGCUACAGGGGAGUUCUGGGGAAAAGGGGAGCACAGCUCAGUCAGAGGUAGUGGAAGCACCACAGUCUCUCAAUCAGUCACAAAUAGAAAAAGAUUUGGCAGACGCCUUACAAGAGGUGCAAGGCGCUCCAGAUGACGGCACUUCAGUGUGAGAGCACCACAUGAUGAAACCUCGGUGAGAGAUCUCCACCUGACAGAACCCUGGUGUGAGAUCCUCUGCAGCUCUAGUUUACACAACUUCUUGACUACCUACUCCCAAUCUCUGCUGUAGGAAAAGUACUUGUAAUUAUAUAUAGCUAUGAGCAAUUUCUCUACCAUACUUUUCCUACAUUUAUACAGCCAAUAAGAAAGACUAAAUCUAUUUUUCUUGAAACGUAACACCCAAAAAUGUAUAGGGCGCAUAAGAUGAGAUAUUCUGUACUCUGUAGUGUUGUAAUUGUACUUAUCAAUACAUGAUUAUACCAUUGCAUUAACUAUUUUUCAAUCCACUCGAAUUUGCAUCAUAGAAGCAGCUAGAUAGGGUUUGUAGAUGUUUCCAUGUAUGGAAAUUGGUAGGAAAGCUAGACUAGGAAUUACAAAGUUUAUGACUGGUCUAUAGAUGGUAGUAGGAAUCGAUCAUCUUUUUUAGUUUUUAGUUCUUUUUUCUUUUACUUUUAGAUAAGACAGUAUAAACACAGCAAUUGGAAGAAAGAUGGGCAAAAAGAUCACUCUAGAUUCCAAAAUGUAAUAGAUGUUAAGAAUAUGCUUCCCAUAUUCUAGCCACCUAAGUUCUGAAAAAUUUGGACUAAUGAUUGGGCAAGGUUGUAAGAAUCCAUUUCUUUCUUGUCGGGCCACAAGUAUACUGAAGGUGGCUGCUAUUUGGUGUCAGAUAGAUAGUAUGAGUCAUAAUGUUUACUUUAAGAAGGAGAAUGGUAUAUAACUAGGCAAGGCAUUAAAUGUAUACUUUAGUUUGGCCAAUCAGUGUGCAAUGGGUUCCUGAGGGAUGUAAAACAAUGGAAAUGUUACUUAAGUUCCUAUAAAUGUACCUUUACGAAACAGGCAGAGUUCUUCUCAGCUAAACCAGUUGUUGAUUCCUUUACACCAGUUUUUAAGUAUCCGUAUAAUAGUUGGAAUUUGGCACACAGUAUGUAUGCAUGUAUGUACAGGUGAAGCUACAGUAUGUAGCAGAUGUACAUGUACUUAGUGGGGAGGGGCCAUAUGGGGAUGUUGACUGUGUCGUCUGGACAGGUGUCAAUAAAAAGUGUCUGAUGUGCCUCAAC